UUCUGAUUAUAAGCGUCUGUGAAGGAUUGCUGGUAUCGGGGCCCGAGUGGAAAUUCUGAGUCAGUACGGCAGCAACGCUGUGGUAAUAGUAACGUGUUUGCGAGUCCCGAAUACUUUUGUGCCGAUGUUACGCGAUUUUCGCGCGCAAUCUAGACUGGAGAUUUGAGAUGCAUGUGUUCAAGUGUGUUACAGUUUCUUCCAAGCACUGAUACCCUGAGGAAAGUGUAAAUAUUAGUGAUUUAAGUGAAUGUGUAGUAUAAUAUUGUACUUAAUAGUGUACAGUGAUUACGGACCGAGGCGUAGUAUUGAAAGAUUCUUCAGCUGAAAAGGCGAACAGACGAGACCAUGAGCAGUGGAAGGUGAGGGCGCCGUAACGGACCAGUAACCAUGGCAGAAGAGAAGAAGAAAGACGGAACUGAACUCUUGAGCAAAAAGAAAAAAGUCAAACCACGAAAAUCCAGGGACGCAGACUGCUGUAGUGUAAAUUUUCUAAAAUGUGUUCUGCACAUAUUCAAUGUGGUGUUUUUGUUUGCAGGCGUAGGCGUGCUAUGUGUCGGCGCGUGGACGGUGUCGUCGCGACACCGCUACGUGCCGCUGCUGCCGUCGCCGACGUAUCCCGCCAUAGCGUAUCUGCUGAUCGCGGCCGGGGCCGCCGGCCUGCCGCUGGCCGCGCUCGGCUGCUGCGGCCUCAAGACUGAGAACAGAACCAGUUUACUCUGUUACACAUACUUCCUGCUCAUAACGUUCUUCCUGGAGGCGGGCGCGGGCGCGCUGGCGUACUACUACGAGGUGGAGGUGGAGCCCGAGCUGCAGGCGGGGCUCAACAGCACCUUCGUCAGCAACUACGCGCUCGACACGGUCGUCACGGACGCGGUGGAUCGCAUGCAGACUGAGUUUAAAUGCUGCGGCGCAGUGGACUACAAAGACUGGCGGCGAAGCAUAUGGCACGAAUAUGACCCGGAGCUCCUAGUGCCGGACUCGUGCUGUAAGACGGUCACGCCGCGCUGCGGAGCCCGCGACCAUCCCUCCAACAUAUACUACACGGGCUGCGUCCGGCACUUCAUAAUCCACAUCCGCGAGCACCUGAUCAUCCUGGCGGCGGUGGGCGUGGGCAUGUCCGUGAUCCCCAUGUUCGGGUUCGUGUUCGCGUGCGUGCUGUACGUCAAGAUCAAGCACGUGGUCGACUGACCGAGGCCUAAGCCCUCGUCGGCCAACACUCGCAAGGUGUUCGACAAGUCCGCCUCCGUCGGCGACCUGUCCCGGGCCGGCCGAGGCUGCGCCGCGCGGCCGCGGCCGCUGCCGCGCCCGCCGCCGCGCACGCGCACGCCGC